CCGGCGUGUGGCGUUCGUUUUACUCCCCCGCCCCUCCCCGCCUACGUCAGCCUUCCAGCGGAGGAGUGGACGGCCUCCGUAGCAAAGACACGGCGAAGGGAACCGCGGAGAAGGAGAAGACUGGCCGAGGGGCGAGAGAGGCCACAGCACCGGCGGCUCCCUCUGUCUCGCCUUUCGGACUCGCCUUUAUCAUUAUUAUUAUUAUUAUUUUUUGGUCGGGGGUUCUUCGCAUUCACGUCAGCGGGCUGAAAUGCCGCGUUACGCGUGGCUUUCUUGGCUUUCCCCGAGCGGGCAGUCGUCACGCAGCCGGAGGUAAACCGCGCCGCGUCCCAGCCUAGCGGAUCGGAGGGAAAGUCCGCCAUAUUCUGCCGCACCACGCCCGGGAGACACGGGGGCGAAAACACGCGGGACAGCUGUGCCGACCACGCGAACCGAGUCCGACGGAUCUGUGAUAUCUGAAUGAAUCAGUGAGGGGGGGAGGAAUAGGAGAGGAGGGGGGAGGGAGAGAGACAUCAAGAAGCGCGUGCUGAGAAAGAAGCAGCGAGAAUGACCCUGGAAUCCGUCAUGUCGUGUUGCCUCAGCGAGGAGGGGAAAGAAGCCCGGAGGAUCAACGACGAGAUCGAGAGGCAGCUCCGCCGGGACAAGAGGGACGCGCGCCGGGAACUGAAGCUGUUGCUCCUCGGCACGGGGGAAAGCGGGAAGAGCACGUUCAUCAAACAGAUGAGGAUUAUCCACGGCACCGGCUACUCCGACGAGGACAAACGGGGUUUCACCAAACUGGUCUAUCAGAACAUCUUCACGGCCAUGCAGGCCAUGGUCCGGGCCUCCGAGACGCUCAACGUCCCGUACAAAUACGAGCACAACAAGGGCAACGCAAACAUCGUGAGGGAGGUGGACGUAGAAAAGGUCAGCAUGUUUGAGAACCCUUACGUAGACGCAAUCAAGAGCUUAUGGAAUGACCCGGGCAUCCAGGAGUGCUACGAUCGGCGGAGGGAAUACCAGCUCUCAGACUCCACUAAAUAUUACCUGAACGCGUUGGACCGUAUCGCUGAGACCGGCUACCUUCCCACCCAGCAGGAUGUGUUGAGGGUUCGAGUCCCCACCACGGGCAUCAUCGAGUACCCGUUCGACCUGCAGAGUGUCAUAUUCAGGAUGGUGGACGUCGGCGGUCAGCGGUCCGAGAGGAGGAAGUGGAUCCACUGCUUUGAGAACGUGACAUCCAUCAUGUUCCUGGUGGCGCUCAGCGAGUACGACCAAGUUUUGGUGGAAUCGGACAAUGAGAACCGAAUGGAGGAGAGCAAAGCCCUGUUUAGGACAAUUGUCACGUACCCGUGGUUCCAAAACUCCUCGGUCAUUCUCUUCCUCAACAAGAAGGACCUGUUGGAGGAGAAGAUAAUGUACUCUCACCUGGUGGACUAUUUUCCCGAGUAUGACGGCCCCCAGAGGGACGCGCAGGCCGGCCGAGAGUUCAUCCUCAAGAUGUUUGUGGACCUGAAUCCGGACAACGAUAAGAUCAUCUACUCCCACUUCACCUGCGCCACUGACACGGAGAACAUCCGCUUCGUCUUCGCCGCCGUCAAAGACACCAUCCUGCAGCUCAACCUGAAGGAGUACAACCUGGUGUAGAGCGGCGCGCGCUGACGGACGUAAUCUGUGAAAGGAUGGAACGCACACGCAAGGAAAGUCCAUCAGAGAGGGGGGGGACUGGAUGGUUGCAUUAUACUAAUUUAUUUUAUCUCUUGGUGCUCAAGAGCUGAGCAAAGUAAAUGUUAUACUCGCUAUUUAAGGAGUUGUUAAAAUAAGGGGGGGGGUGCUGUUGAAUGUGUACGGCCAACAAUGCUCAUUUUGAGGCUUUGCGCAUCGUGACGUUUUGGGGGAUUUGUUUUGCUUUUUUUGACAAAGAUAUAAAACUUGUGCACUUGAGGUUUUCUGGGCUUUUGUUUCGUCGAUCAGCGAGUUACAUCGGAGCUGGAACUGAUGCGAUGUUGCUCACGCAAGCUCUUGUCCUUUUUUAAACAAGAAGAACAUUUCUGUACUCCUUUUUUUUCCUCUUUACUGUCGGUUCAAACUAAAGUUGUUUAUCUAUUGGGUCAACAGAAAAUGAUGUAACAUCUCUAGCUGACCGCUUCCUUUGUACUUAGAAGGACUGAUUGUUAAAUAGGUAUAAACUGAUUUAAAAAAAGAAAAAAACUUUCACAUUAAUUUGGUAUCUGCUGACUUGAAUCAUUGUCAUUAUUUUUAUUAUUAGAUUGCAUUAGAUUGAAUUUGUGCGACCGUGGAAGUACCUUUUCUACAUUUUGGAGGGGGGGGUGUUGGCAGGUACGCUGAGGAGGAACAGAAAGUGUCUUCAGAAAUGCUUUUGUAAACUAAAGGAUUCACCUCUGCUCUGUCGCGUCGAGCGAACCACCGUGUCGCUGGCAGCUUCACGCCGCCUGAAGGCCGAUAAUGUUCCAACUGUGCCACGUUGACGCUCUUUAUUGUACAUUUGUCGCCGAUGCCAAAACCACUCGAGCGCCAUCGUCCACUUUGCACCGUUUACCGCUUAAAUGAAACUUGUUGUGUUGCUGACCGGAGAAAGAGCAGCGCUAACGGGCGAACGCUUUACCGAACGACUUAUUGAUCAACUCCUGCAAGUAUUCAACUAAGUCAAUGGUACCCCCCCCCCCCCCCUCCGGGAAACACAUUUGAAAGGACACUGUGUUGAUGUUGUACCAAAGUAAGCCCCUUUUUCUUUCUGAUUGACACCCUGGAUCCCCUUAUUCCAUGUCAUCUGAAGUAUUUUUUGUCAAAAUGCUCUAUUGAGGCAUAGUGCAAUUAUACAUGCUAUGGUCGUUGUACAUACAUCCCUCUAUAUAAAUGGCAGGAUCUUUGUUGGCUUUUUAAUCAUUACUUCUUUGGCAGAUUGAAUGGGGUAUUGAAAAUAACUAUGUAAUUGUAUUGUGUGUCUAAUGGCUAAUUCAUUUUUGGAAGAAAAGAAAUGUUAUUGAUACGUUUGUUUUUGUUUCCUUUUUUUCUUUUUAAGAGAAUGUAAAUUUUGCGUUUUGACAGUGUUGUUUCUAUGGAGGAAUAUAAUCAUCCAAAAGCUCAUUGAUCGACAUGCUAGUUCUUAUAGUAGCCCGUUUGUUCAAUUGACUUUUUUUUUUUAAUGGAAAAAACUGCAGACUGAAUUCAAUCUACAGGGCUAAUUGUGAUAGUUUAGUUCUUUACUGGCUUCAAAUUGUUAACUAGCUUCAGGAACUGAGCACUCGUCAAAUAGAUGUCAUCACGCCACUCAUUGGUUCUUUUACAUUUAACAGAAUCACAUUAAGUAUUUAUUAACUUUGAGAUUUCUUAGUGUCCCCACCUGGGGACUCGGACCAGGCAGGUCAGGCAGGUUAAGUGUGGCUUUGGCUCAGAGUUUGCAAACAAAUCUCGUUAAGCUAAAGUAUUUAUCUGAUUGUGCUAAUAGAUGGGAAUGCAGUCUCCCAUAACACGGCCUAAAAUCAAACUCCGGUGCUUUUAUAUUUGUUUUUUUGUUGUUGUUUUUUUCACUCAACUUGAAUCUUGAAUUCCACAAUUUCAUUGAAAUGUACAGUGUUAUUUUAGCCUUUAUUUAUGUAAUGACAACAUAGAAAAAACCUGUACAUAUUGCCUUAUUGAAUAAGCUGUGCCUCUGACGUCUCAUCAACGCCCCUGUGUUUCUAUGAGAGGUGAAGCUUGUGCAGCCAACAAUAAUUGUGCAGCUGAAGGAGUGUUUGGUGGCUUUAGCGGUCUUUCGUUGUUUGUCAGUGCUGCAUGAAGCCCUGGGAAGCGCUUUGAAGUGUAACAGCAUUACCAGAAAUGAUAAGAGCAUCAUGAGUGAAUUGAAAUCUGAUCAUACCUUCCAUUGAUUGCAUAAUAUAGUCCCCUUAGAUUCAUUUCUUAAAACUCAUGCCAAAGUGCACUAUGAUGCAUUCAGCGGCCUGAUGACACUACGGUUAAACAACGUAUCAUCAUGAUGUGUAGCUCGAGCCACAAUCUGGACUUUUUGCCCCAUUUGGCUGCGGUUUGGCAUCUACCAGCCACUCUGGCAGCCAGCAGCCCUCCCUCCCUCCCGCGGAGCUCCGCUUGUUUUCAGAGGUAUCAGUUGGCCGGGAAAAUGUCUUACAAGGUUGACUGACUGGCAGACGACAACAACCGCCUCCACAAGUCAAUUUCCAGCGUAAUUAAGUGAGAAUUGAGUAGAUUUGAUAAAAUAGCCACUUCUUAACAGCAGGGCCUCAUAGGAGGACAAUAAGGGUUCCAGAGGAGAUGUUUGUAAUAUGGACUUAAGUUUAAAUUUAUCAGUGUUGAUGGUGGAGUUGUAGUAAUCAGUAACUAGUGUCCCUGCUAUGAUAAAGUGCUUAUGUCCCUGCUGCUUAAAGGGAAAAUCUUUGUUUAUAAAAAAAACGGUGUGCACAGAGCGCCCGCUGAUCUUCAAAGAAAUGAAAAAAAGACUAUCUACCAUUCAUUCAAAAUACAAAGGAUAAUUUAAUUUUGGAUAAACAUCAGCCACAAAGGACAAUUUGCAAGCAAAUGUUGGAUUUUCCCUUUAAGAGACUCCAGCUGGUGUUGACAGUUUGAAAUCUCUGCUGCUGUUGGGAUUUCAUGCAGGAUGUUAAUGAGCACAGUGUUCGUUAUGCAGUGUGCUGACUGCUUCAUGUAAAACUACAGGGUUGAGUAUUGGAAAAACAGCUUUACAUAAACGGCUCUUUAGCUGCCCGAUGCUUCUCUAACUCAGACCAUUUCUCGGGUUACGGUAUUCUAUUCACAUGACGUUGAAAUAAAUAAAGCAGAGACCCUCCAUCCUUUUAAUUGACAAGUGAAAUCUUUGCACUUAACUGUUCCCACUGAUUAUAAUGUUCAGUCUUUCUGUUGUGAUAAAUGUUCUUGUUGCAAAUCAAUCAUGAUGAUUCAGAGUAGACUGGAGUUAUAUUACAUGUAUGUAUUGCGAGCAUUGCUCAAGAAGAGGACACAAGUGUGGAUAAAAGAGUAAAUAACACAAAAUAACUCA